AUGACCCGCGCCGGGCGCGCGUCCGUCGCCGCAGUGGUCGCGGCCGUGCGCGGCGCAACGGGCCGCUCGGGCGCCCGCGGCGCGUCGCGCCGCCUGGGCGACGCCGCCGACAGGCUUGUCACCUUGCGCUUCCAGCUGGGGGUCGGCAGCGGCCUGGGCGGAGUGUUAUGCGCGUCUUACUUCUACGGCAAGCGCAUCGGCGCCACACAAGACGACAGCGGCCCCUGCCACCCCGAGAUGGCGUGGGCGUCUGACGUGCGCGGCCCGCUCGCUGGGAUCUCCACCAGAGCGUUCGCCGUCGGGCCGCUGUGCGGGUGUUGCGGCUCGGCGGCGCUCGCCACGCUGAUCUCCGCCCGGUUUCCUGGGCGGGUGGCCAGCGUGGCGAUGAACCAUCGCUUGCACUCGGUUUUGGGCUGGCCGCUGGCCAUCCUGAUGGCGUUCCGCUUCCAGGCGGCGCACGACCGGUGGUGGAGCUCGCGCGAGCAUGUGGAGAAGCUGGCAUCCGGCAUUGUGGGCGUGGCUCUGCUUGCCUCGACCUGUGCGGACGACCCGAAGUUGCGCAUGAGCAGGUCGCGGAAGGAGGCGGAGGACAACGAGACCCGUUUGCUGGGGCUGCUCGACGCGCUGUGUUAUUUCGUCGAGGAGCAGUUGAUGUGCGGGCAGGCGCCCCACGAGUCCAACGCGCCCGCUUCGUGGGCACAUUGGUCGCAGCACCUGUCCAGCGUCGACCGCGACGAGUGCCCCAGGACCUUGUGUGGCGAUGUCGCCAGCAGCUCGAGCAGGCAUGCCGACGUGUGCUGGUGCCUGAAGCGGAUCGUGGACUGCGUGCAGGCGGGGCAGACCAUGGGGGCCUUCACGCCCGAGAUGGCGUCCCAUCUGCACGCGCUGCUCCAGAACAUCCUGGACUCCUUCCGCCAGUGCGGCAUCUGCGUGUCGCAGAGGGAACCUUCAUCGUACAUAGUGCACACGCGGACGUUCGUGUACAUGUGGUGCUUCUUCUUCCCUUGGACGAUCAUAGGCACCAUUCCCGCCUCGAGCCUGAUCCCCACGCAGUUCGCCAUCAGCUAUGCCCUCCUGGGCAUCGAGUUCUGCGCGCGGGAGAUGGACUACCCGUUCGGAGACGACGAGGGCGACGUGCCCGUUCGGCAGGUCCUGGCGGCCGUCCGGGAGGAGAUCUCGAGAAGCCACGGCAAGCACUACAGGCCGCAGUUCGAGGCAGAGCCGGCGCCGGCGGCGCAAGGCGGCUAG